AUGGGUCGUGUAAUCCGAGCUCAACGGAAGGGUGCUGGCUCUGUCUUCAAGUCCCACACCCACCACCGCAAAGGCCCUGCUCGCUUUCGCUCUCUUGAUUUUGGGGAGAGAAACGGUUACCUCAAAGGAGUGGUGACUGACAUAAUCCAUGACCACGGUCGCGGUGCGCCUCUUGCAAGGGUAACGUUUAGACACACUUUUCGCUAUAAGCUUCAAAAGGAACUUUUCCUUGCGGCCGAAGGAAUGUACUCGGGCCAGUUUGUGUACUGUGGAAAAAAAGCAAAUCUGAUGGUUGGUAACGUUUUGCCUUUAAGAUCAGUACCUGAAGGAUCUGUUGUGUGCAAUGUGGAACAUAAAGUUGGUGAUAGAGGAGUGUUGGCUAGAGCUUCUGGUGAUUAUUGUGUUGUUAUUGGCCAUAAUCCUGAUGAUGGAACCACAAGGAUCAAGCUACCUUCUGGAGCUAAGAAGGUUUUGCCAGAGGGGUGCCGCGCAAUGAUUGGUCAAGUUGCAGGUGGAGGCAGGACUGAGAAGCCAAUGUUGAAGGCAGGAAAUGCAUAUCACAAAUAUAGAGUCAAGAGGAACUGCUGGCCUAGGGUUCGCGGUGUUGCAAUGAAUCCUGUGGAUCAUCCUCAUGGUGGUGGUAAUCACCAACAUAUCGGGCAUGCUAGUACUGUUGGUCGUCACAAGGUUCCCGGCCAAAAGGUUGGUCAAAUUGCUGCAAGGCAGACCGGUCGUAGCAAAGGGACAGCUGCUCUCAUGGCUAAAAGGCAGAGUGCUUAG